AUGGAGCCUCCCCGAUUCAUCAUCACUAGCGGCGUUGACGCCACCAUUCGACUCUGGGAGACCAACACUGGCAGAUGCCUCCGUACCUUCUUUGGUCACUUGGAAGGCAUCUGGGCUCUUUCCGCAGAUACCCUCCGGAUUGCCUCCGGCGGACUGGACCGCAUGGUCAAGAUUUGGGAUCCUCGUAUCCCCACUUGCCAGGACACUUAUGAAGGCCAUUCCGCAGCUGUUAACUGCAUUGGCCUGAGCGACAGUCGUUUCAUUACUGGCGGUGAUGACUACCAGGUCCGCAUGUACGAUUUCCGAGCCUCAUGA